AACAAAGCACAUCAGUCGUCAGCAGAGGGAACAAAACAAAACGACGCCACAUCAGUGCGGUGGCUGCAAAACAGUGGACGGCAGGAAAAAAUCGUAAAAUCUGCAAAAAAAGACAAAAUCGGAUUAUUUUUUGACGUAAUCAUAGAUAGAAAAAAAACCGCACACGCACAUCAUCCGAGAAAAUAGUGAUUCAGAUACGCGAUCGAGAGCAGAACUGAAAAACAGUGCGCGAAGUGUGCAUCGCUGGUGACGGACAAAAAAACAAGAAAAAGAGUGCCAAGCAGCAGGAGUAAAAUCGAAAUUAAAAAUUCCACGUUUUCUACCCGGUACGGAUAUUUAUAUUGGGUGGUAAUCAUUCGAAAGGUUACGGAUUUUCGACAAGAUGCAACUCGGACGGGCGCACUUAACAGCGCUCCUGGUGGUGCUCGGUGCCAUCGGAUGGAUCCCGAAUUCGGUCGAGGCUGUUAAGUCACAGGUGAUCGAACUGAACGAGGGCAACUGGGAUCGAAUGCUGAACGAGGAAUGGCUUGUGGAAUUCUAUGCCCCCUGGUGCCCAGCCUGUAAAAAUCUUGCCCCAGUUUGGGAUGAUCUUUCCACCUGGUCCGACGAUUUGAACAUCAAGACAGCCAAAGUCGAUGUGACAACUUCGCCCGGCUUGAGCGGACGCUUCUUCGUAACGGCCCUCCCUACCAUAUUCCACGUCUUGAACGGGGAGUUCCGCCAGUACAAGGGUCCGCGUGAUUUGAACUCGCUGAUGACCUUCAUCGAGGAAAAGAAAUGGCAACAGCUCGAACCGGUAUCGGCAUGGAGCAAACCUGACUCCCUUCAGAUGUCGCUGGUCUCGCAAUUCUUCAAGUUGUCGCACUUUUUGAAAGUAAGUAAAGCCUAUUUUAAGGAGGUCAACACUAUGCUCUCGAAAGAAUAUGGUCUUCCAGUAUGGGGAUCAUAUGCUCUGUUUGCCAUCGGAACCAUCCUGCUCGGUGCCAUCCUCGGUUUGAUUUUGGUUUGUGUUAUCGACUUCAUGUUCCCACCGAAAUCCGCUCAACGCAAAAGCUUCUCGGAACACAAGAAGAACCUGCAACACGAGAAGGUAGCUGAAGAGAUCAAGGGCGACGAAUUGGAAGACGAAGAUGAGCAAGGCGUCCAAGAUGAGGCUGAGGAAGAAGACGAAACUUCAGAAGGGGAGAAAAACUCCGGUUCCGACUCCGAGGAAGACAGCGAGCCAAAGGAGGACGAGAAGAAGGAAGAAGAAUCCGCUCCGGUAGCCCCACCAAGUCCAAAGGAAGACGAUAAAACCAAGAACUCGAAUGCUGGAAGUCCAGAUGUACGAAAACGUAAACCCCGAAAGGCUGAUUAGAGACAGCCGAAUCAUUAUCUCGACAAACGCCCAGGACAAGAAAGGAAAGACUUAGAAAUACGAAAGUAAAACAACUGCACAGAAGAGUUGUCCCCUUCAACAAGAAAGAUAAGGUGUUUCAAAAACAUCCCAAAAGCAUCAUCCACACGAACAUACACACACACAUGAACACGGACACAGUUGAAAGAUUUUCACAAAUACACUUGAAACCAACAUCAGCAAAAAAAGAGCAUUUAUGUAGGUCAGAACAAAUAUAUUCUUUUCUCCUUCUUUUUGUGUGAUAACUCUAGCACUAACCAAAUGAUAAUUCCGUUCGUUUCGUUCCAAAAAUGUUCGUAUCAAUUCGUUGAUAUCUGUUUGAUAUAUUAUAUUCUCAACUUUUGCUUAUUUCAUUACUUUAAGUCCGCUACUUCGAGUCGCGCAUUUCUAUUUGAUAUUUACUUAUACUAAAUAAAUUUAACAAAGGAAAAAAACGAAAAUAUUUUUCGAUCGUGUGUUGUAAGUUUAACUAAGCAUUAAUUAUUUGCGCAUUCGGUUUGUCGAAUGUUGAGUCAUAAGAGAGAGCAAAAAUAUUCAUAGCGAGAGACGUGUUGCUUGCGGCAUAAUCGCUAUUAAUCUAUUGUAAUCGCUACAAACCAUUUUACUAACAUAAGUGUUAGUUGUAAGAGUAUGUAUAUCUAUUGAAUAAUGAAACAAGUGCAGAUCGAUGGUAUGCUAAAGCAGGAAACAGCAGCAGUGUAGCACCCAUCGUCCCCAGCUGAUGCCGAUUGGAGCUGGUUUGUAGUUGAUGGUUGAGUUCAAAGUCGGAAAUAAAAAGUUUCUUUUUCGUCCGUUUUCGACAAAA